AUGGCUUCGCUAUUCUUUUCCACCCCUGUCGACAUCGAUGUCGUCCUGGACAACCUCGAUGAUCGCCAAACUGUCGAUGUCAAGCUCGAUAAGGCCCGCCGUGAGCGGGUCCCCUUGUACAUGGACGGAGAGUCCGUCAAGGGUGCGGUGACGAUCCGGCCAAAGGAUGGAAAGCGAUUGGAGCACACAGGAAUCAAAGUGCAAUUCAUUGGAACCAUUGAAAUGUUUUACGAUCGAGGCAACCACUACGAAUUCCUGUCGCUUGUCCAAGAACUCGCCGCGCCCGGCGAGCUGCUCCACCCUCAAACCUUCCCAUUCAACUUCAAGAACGUCGAGAAGCAAUACGAAUCCUAUAAUGGCAUCAAUGUGAAACUGCGCUAUUUCGUGCGCGUGACGGUCUCGCGGCGCAUGGCCGACGUCAUCCGCGAAAAGGACCUCUGGGUGUAUUCGUACCGCAUGCCACCCGAGACCAACAGCCCUAUCAAGAUGGAUGUCGGAAUUGAAGACUGCCUGCAUAUUGAGUUCGAGUACUCCAAAUCCAAGUAUCACCUUAAGGACGUGAUUGUGGGUCGGAUCUAUUUCCUGCUCGUACGACUGAAGAUUAAACAUAUGGAAUUGUCUAUCAUUCGACGGGAAACUACCGGAUCUCCUCCCAAUCAGUACAAUGAGAGCGAGACACUGGUGCGAUUCGAGAUAAUGGAUGGCUCACCUUCUCGAGGCGAAACCAUUCCAAUCCGUCUGUUCCUCGGUGGCUUUGACCUGACACCGACCUUCCGCGAUGUCAACAAGAAGUACUCGACACGAUAUUAUCUCAGCCUGGUGCUGAUUGAUGAAGUGUCACUAACAAAUGGAAUCUCCUUCAUUGCAGAUGCCCGUCGUUACUUUAAGCAGUCAGAGAUUGCCCUCUUCCGCCAAGCGCCCGAGAUUGCCGCGACGCCCCAGAUCGCCCAGCAGCAGCAAAUCCAACAGCAAGUCCUCCUCCAGCAACAGCAGCAGGCUCUGCCCCCAGGAUCUGCUACCGCAGGCCCAGGUCGUGAGGUGACGCCCAUUCGGCCGGCUCAGCCAGUUCAACCAGCUGAACAGGCCCAGCAGCCCGUUUCGACACCUGCGGCAUAA